CUUUCAGGUAUAAAACAGGGAACUUAUCUAAGGUCAACCUGGCAUGAAAGACGAACGUCGGGUAACAAACUGCCUGAAGAACAAGCUCCCUGUAAUUCCCAAGCAUGGCCACUAGGGGACACUUGUUAUUAUUUUUCAUUUUGGAACCGUUUUGUCUUCUUCACAUUACUCCAUUGCUGGCUUACUCACUGAAAAACUGCACCAUACUUUAUCAGGAGACUCACUCUGCUGACGUUUCUCUGGACUGUGCAAACAGGAACCUCGAGACGAUCCCUGACGACUUUCCUAAAAAUGCUGCUUCGGUUCAACUUAACAACAACAGGCUGAAGAAAAUCACCAGAAAGGAUUUUUCCAAAAUGUCACAGCUGAGAAGACUCCAUCUUGGAUUCAAUCAAAUUGACAGUGUGGACGAUCGGUCUUUCAGUGAUUUGGUUUUCCUUGAAACACUUUCCAUGGAACAUAACAACCUCAACCACCUGACCAGAGACAUGUUUCAUGGCCUGUCCAACAUCACACUCCUCAACCUCAGCAGCAAUUUCAUUCAGUUCAUUCACUACUCUGCUUUUCGCCACAUGUACCGUUUACAAACUCUAGAUUUAGGCAACAACGACCUCCAACAAAUUGUUGAGAUCCAGCCCGUUUUACGGCUACCACAAAUCCAGACCCUCAGACUAAGAUGCAACCAGUUUUCAUCAUUCGAGACCAAAGAGCUUUCUCUGAACUUCUCCAGUCUGAGAGAGAUUGACAUUUCUGGUCCAAACCUGGAAAGAUUCAGCAUCACAACUCCAAUCUUCCCUUUCCUCCAAAUGAUAAGUCUGUCUGGAUGUGAAGGAAAUUCAACCCUUAAAUGGGACAUAACAGACAAAACGUUACUGAAACGUGUGGUCAAGCUGUACAUUGCAGACGCUGUGUUGUCAUUCAUAGAAACGGAAAAAGUCCUGAAGAGUCUCUACUCAGUGAGCCAUCUCAGAUUGCAACAUUUAGAUGAAUGGAUUAGGAAAGGAUUAUUGUCUACUGUCUGUAAACUACCAGCUCUAAAAACACUGGAUUUGUCUAACCGUCUGAGCAAUUUCACUCUUAAAUUUCAGCCUUGCUCUGAACUUACUCAGCUUGACCUGAGAGAAAGUUACAUUAGUAAACUACCAAAAGGCUCACUCCAAUCCUUAGAACAGCUGCAGUUCUUGAAUCUGAGCACCAACCGGCUCACCAACAUACCGUUUGACGUUAGACAUCUGUCUUCUCUGGAGAUCUUGCUUGUUGGUAACAAUCUAAUUUCACAACUGAACUGUGAGGAUUUUCUGAACACAACCCGUCUGAUAGAGCUUUACCUGAAUAACAAUCGCAUUACCAAACUGAAGCAAUGCGUCUUGCAGAAUCUCACUGAUCUGAAGGUUUUGGAUUUGAGUAACAAUCUGAUCUUGACAGUUGGAGACACCUUUAAAAAGACACUGUUCAAGCUAGAGGUCUUAGAUAUAAGCCAUAACUCUAUCAUAUCUCUAGAAUCAGGCGAUUUUCAAGGCUUACAGCAACUAAAAUAUUUGAAUGUGACAAGAAACUCAAUUGGAAAAGUAGAUCCUAAAGUGUUUCAGGAGUUAAUCAACCUGGAAUCUCUUACAGGAUGUGUCCCAUAUGAUUAUGAACCUAAUUUCAGGGGACUACGACUUUUAGAGCAUAUUACAUUGUAUUUGUACAAUGAUGGCAUUUUAAAAACCCCUCAUUCAAACAUUAAUGAAAGCUUUUUUACCUUAAAAUCUUUGAAAACACUCACGAUGAUCUCCAAAGACUAUCACUACGGCUUUCCGAUCGACAUGCCAAUUGAGCUCCUCCAGUCUAUGAAGCAUUUGGAAAGUUUCCGCGCCGUGAAUAUCUACAUAAACGCCCCACCUGUGGAAACAUUUCAUUUUAAUCCCCAGCUCAAAAGUCUGACACUUGCAGAAACAGAUUUGUCAAACUUGAAUCCUGGUAUGUUUCUACCGAUCCCAAACCUGCAGACUCUUGAUCUAGCAAAAUGCAAAAUCAAGUCUUUGGAUUUCUUGACGCAGGCCAAUCUUUCUGCUCUCAGAUAUUUGAAACUCUCCGACAACGGGAUCAGUCUGAUCAAAGAUUCAGUCUUCCAGUCUCUCCCGUCUUUAACGUAUUUGGACCUGAGCAACAACCCGUUCACCUGCGAGUGCUUAAAUGCAGAUUUUAUCACAUGGGUGAAGAGCAACAAGGAAACACAGGUUAUAAAUGCUCAUCAGUAUGUUUGUUCCUUCCCAGUACACAAACAGGGAACCUUGUUGCUAGACUUUGAUAUCCAGUCCUGUUGGGACAAAGGCAACUUUUUCUUCUUCGUUUCCAGCUCUAGUUUGGUUGUUCUCACUCUCCUCACAUCCUUCGUCUACCACUUCCUGAAGUGGCAUCUCAUCUACAUGUUCCACCACUUUCUGGCAUUUCUCUAUGACAGCAAGAAAGGGAAGAAGGCAGACUCCCACCAGUUUGACGCCUUUGUGUCCUAUAACUCCCAAGAUGAGGAUUGGGUUUACCAUGAAAUGCUUCCUGUGCUGGAGGAAGAGCAAGGAUGGAGACUCUGUCUGGAUCACAGAGACUUCCAACCAGGUAAACCCAUCAUAGAGAACAUCACAGAUGCCAUCUAUGGCAGCAGGAAAACCAUCUGUGUGAUCAGCCGAAACUACCUGCGGAGCGAAUGGUGCUCCAGAGAGAUCCAGAUGGCCAGUUUCCGCCUGUUUGACGAGAAGAAAGACGUGCUGAUUCUGUUGUUUUUGGAGGACAUCCCUCCUCAGCAUCUGUCUCCUUACCACCGCAUGAGAAAGCUGCUGAAGAAAUGCACCUACUUAAGCUGGUCUAAGGCUGAAAAACAUCCAGGAGUUUUCUGGCAAAACGUCCGGAAAGCUCUGCAGACAAAGGACGAUCCCCCUAAAAACCCAGCUCUCCUAACUGGACCAGCACGAUUAAGCAUGGCUGCAAGAGGAAGUGUGCAUUUUCAUUUCACUUGCAAACUUCUCUGCCUCUUGCUUCAUAUCAAUCUUUCGCUGCAUUACUCAUUGAAAAACUGCACAAAGGAAAGUUCCUCUGCUGAAGUUUCUCURGACUGUGCAAACAGGAAGCUUGUGAUCAUCCCUGACGACAUCCURAAAGAUGCCGUUUCAGUAAAACUUGGACACAAUUUCAUUCAGAGAGUUAACCAAAGAGAUUUUUGUGGCAUGUCACAGAUGAAAAUCCUGCAUCUUGAGUACAAUCAAAUCGUUCAGGUGGAUGAUGGCUCUUUCACCGAUCUGGUGUCACUGAAAGCUCUCAACAUGAGGAAAAACAAACUCACCAACCUGACGAGSAACRUCUUCCAGGGCCUGUCCAACCUCACCGUGCUCGACCUCUCUGAGAACCUCAUCCAGUUCAUCCAUGACUCUGCGUUUUGGGUUCUGACCAGCUUAGARACUGUCUAUUUCCAGGAGAAUUUGCUCCAACAAAUUGUUGACGUUCAGCCCAUCUUGCAACUACCACAUAUUCACACCGUCGACCUUAAUUACAAUAAAUUCUACUCUUUUGAAACAAGAGAUCUCCAUCURAACUUUUCUUCAGGUGUUAAAGAGUUGUCUGUUCAUAGUCAACACCUCAUAAAAUUUGGCAUCACAACACCAAUAUUUCCUCAUCUCCAUAAAUUAGCCGUUUCUAUGUCUUUGCAAACCAGYUCACGAUGGGAUUUACCAGACAAACCGUUACUAAAGAACGUGACACACUUGUGUCUUGAAAUGCUUCCACUUUCCAAUGAGGAGAUUCAAAAAGUCCUGCAGACUUUCUACUCACUUCAUCACCUAAAACUAUAUUUUACAUACAUCCGGUUUCGGGAUGGACUGUUGGCUAUUGCCUGCAAAAUACCAACACUGAGAAAGCUGGAUUUGUCUGAAAUCGAUUUCAGUAUUUAUACUCUCAAACUUGCACAAUGCUCUCAGCUCACAGAUCUUGAUCUSUCCCUUUGUGUAAUAAGUGAACUUCCAGAAGGAUCAAUGGACUCAAUGAGGCAAAUGAGGUUUUUCAACGUGAGCUACAACAGGCUAAAAAAGAUCCCGCAUGACAUYAGGAGCCUCUCCKCCCUUGAGAUCUUGAUUAUGAAUGAUAACAUCAUUUCCCAMUUSGGCUGUGAGGAUUUUGUGAACACAACGCAUCUUACAGAACUACACCUAAAUGGUAACAGAAUUGCCAAAGUGCAAAGAUGCGUCAUGGAAAGUCUUACUAACCUAAAGUUUUUWAAUUUGAGCGGCAAUUUGCUCGUGACGUUCAGAGCCUCCACCAAAGUUGGCCUGCAGAAGCUUGAGAUCUUGGAUUUAAGUCAAAACUUUAUAAAAUUUCUCAAUAAUUAUGAUUUCCGAGGCUUACCUUCCCUGAAACAUUUGAAUGUAACAUCAUAUUUUAUGAUCUAUCUAAAAUAUUAUACAUUUUUGGGACUAAAGAGCCUGAAAUCGUUUUCUGGAUCAUUUCCACUAUAUUUUGUAAAUUUGAGAACUUUGCCACAGUUGGAAAAGAUUCAAGUCAACUUCAAAUUCAAUGGCCCUUUCAAAACUCCUUAUUUAAAAACCUAUGAAGACUCCAUCAAGGUGAAAUAUUUAAAAAGUGUCUCGAUGGCCUGCAGCUACAAUCACCAGGGUCUGAUCUACUACCUGCAAGAAGGAAUCCUUCGUAACAUGAAGCAUCUGGAAUAUUUUAAAGCUGAGAAUAUAUAUUUGAGUGCUCCAUAUUCAAACACGUUUCAGUCCAACCAGAAGCUGAGGAGUCUGACGUUUACGAAGACGGAUUUGUCAGAGUUACAACCUGAACUGUUUCUUCCAAUCCCAAACCUGGAGAGUCUCGAUCUCUCCGAGUCUCAGCUGAAGUCUUUGGAUUUCCUGGUACACGCUAAUCUUCCGGCACUCAGAUAUCUGAACCUGACCGGCAACGAGUUGAAUGUGAUUAACAAGACAGUUUUCCAGUCUCUACCGUCUCUAACGUUCUUGGACCUGGACAAAAAUCYRUUCACCUGYGARUGCUCAAACGCAGAUUUCAUCCAGUGGGUAAAGAGCAACACGCAGACCCAGGUGGUAAACGCUCAUCAGUACGUUUGCUCCUUUCCUGUGUCCAGACGGGGGAGCUUGUUGCUGGACUUUAAUUUCCGGUCCUGUUUGGAUGAUGGCGGGUUUCUCUGCUUCGUUUCCAGCUCUUGUCUGGUUGUUCUGACUCUCCUCUCAUCCUUCGUCUACCACUUCCUGAGGUGGCAUCUCACCUACACCUUCCACCUCCUCCUGGCCUUUCUCUAUAACAGCAGGAAGGGGAGGAAACGAGACCUUCACCAGUUUGACGCCUUUGUGUCGUAUAACGUCCAGGAUGAGGGCUGGGUUUACAGAGAGAUGCUUCCUGUACUGGAGGGACAGCAGGGCUGGAGACUCUGCCUGCACCACAGGGACUUCCAACCAGGUAAACCAAUCAUAGAGAACAUCACUGAYGCCAUCUACGGCAGCAGRAAGACCAUCUGUGUGAUCAGCCGCAGCUACCUGCAGAGCGAAUGGUGCUCCAGAGAGAUCCAGAUGGCCAGCUUUCGCCUGUUUGAUGAGAAGAAGGAUGUUCUGAUCCUGCUGUUUCUGGAGGAGAUUCCUUCUCGUCAUCUGUCUCCAUAUUACCGCAUGAGGAAGCUGGUGAAGAAGCGCACCUACCUGAGCUGGCCCCAGGCUGCACAACAUCCGGGAGUUUUCUGGCAGAACGUCCAGAGAGCUCUGCAGGCAGGGGGCGCUGUCGCUGAAAACACCGACCCGCUGACCGGACCAGCAGGACGAUGAGAGACGUCACAGAUCACUAAGAAAUAAAAGAUAAAUCAGGAAUACAUGCAAAUCCUGAUCUGUGAAACCAUCACAUUAUUUCUUUUUAUAAUAAUUUAAAUGCUUAAAAAAAAACUGAAAAUUUCUCAAUGAACCUUUAUUUCUUGUAAAAUACGAUUAAAAAUCACAUCACUAAACAUGCCAACCGUGUAUCAGUGAGUUAAAUUCAUUCAUGAACUCAUAAAACAGAAGAACAAACUGAAAUAUCAGAAGAAAACUGAUGUGUGUUUCUAUUAUUCAUUUUAUUUUUUAGUGAUGUGAAUCUUCACUGUAAAACCUUUGAGCUGCACUUAGUUGUGUCUUCUAUCUUCUGCUCUAAAAGUCAAGUAAAUUUUUCCAGUUUAUAUUUUGAGUUUGUGAAAAAUAAGUUGUGUUAACUUUUUAUUAAUUUUGUCAAAACUCUUAAGAGUUGAAUAAACAAGAGUUAGCUCUUUAAAAACAGAGAGAAAAAAGACAGGCGUAAGAACUAUUUCCCAGAAUGCUUAGCGGCAGGUUUGUGCAUCCUGAGAUGGACGUGUGUUAGAUUGAUCUGAGUCUUGUGUUUUAUUAAGUCAAAUGUUCAUUUUUAAUGUCCUGAUCACACUAAAUGUUUUA